AUGCCCAAACUGCAAGUCUUGCGCAAUCUCGGCAUUCAGAGCUUUAAGAUUGCUUUUGACGACAUUCCUACUGAAUUGAACUGCAAUUCGGACAAGGAAAAGUGGAUCGAUACGGUUAUGUGGUACUGGCUGGCCGUUGCCCAGGCCUACUAUUUGAAUCGUAUACAGGACGAAUUAGUCGUUCCGCACGGCCUCGAAGCUCUCGAGAACGUACCGACCAACUGUGCUGGCAGCCAAUCGGACCCUGAAAAGGAGGAAUUUGGCACUAUACUAGACAAUAAUAUCAGCAUUCAGUGGACCGGCGAAGGCAUUUUCACUGACCAGAUCAACGACACAAGUGUGCAACAGGCGCACUCGACUUAUGUUACCGACAAACUGUUCCCGUUCCCCGGACUUGCACAAGUAUCUUCUAGGUUUCAUCUCGAAUCUCCGAUGGAGCAGGCUUACGCCUCCAUGCCCACUCUCGCCAACUACGGAGACUAG